AUGAGCAUUCCAAAAACACAAAAAGCAGUGAUCUUUGAAGAAAACGGUGGUCCUUUGUUGUACAAGGACAUCCCUGUCCCCGAGCCAAAGGCCAACGAGCUUUUGGUCAACAUCAAGUACUCCGGUGUCUGCCACACCGAUUUGCAUGCCUGGAAAGGUGACUGGCCAUUGGCUACCAAAUUGCCUUUGGUCGGUGGCCACGAAGGUGCCGGUGUCGUUGUUGGCAUGGGUAAGAACGUCAAGGGUUGGGAGAUUGGCGACUACGCAGGUGUCAAGUGGUUGAACGGUUCCUGUUUGGGCUGUGAGUUCUGCCAGCACGGUGACGAGCCAAACUGUGCCGACGCUGACUUGUCCGGUUACACGCAUGACGGUUCUUUCGAGCAGUACGCCACUGCCGAUGCCGUCCAGGCUGCCAGAAUCCCCAAGCACGUGGACUUGGCCCAGGCCGCUCCUAUCUUGUGUGCUGGUAUCACCGUCUACAAGGCCUUGAAGACCGCCAACGUGUCUGCUGGCCAGUGGGUGUGUAUCUCUGGUGCUGGUGGUGGAUUGGGCUCUUUGGCCAUCCAGUACGCCAAGGCCAUGGGCUACAGAGUUGCUGCCAUUGAUGGCGGUGAGGAGAAGGAGGAGUUCUGCAAGUCUUUGGGCGCCGAGGUGUUCAUUGACUUCACCAAGACGAAGGACAUUGUCAAGGAGGUUGUUGCUGCCACCAACGGUGGUCCACACGGUGCCAUCAACGUCUCUGUUUCCGAGAAGGCCAUUGCACAGUCUGUCGAGUACAUCAGAUCCACCGGUACUGUCGUGCUUGUGGGUUUGCCAGCCGGCGCCAAGGUUGUUGCCCCAGUGUUCGACGCUGUGGUCAAGUCGGUCAGCAUCAGAGGCUCCUACGUGGGCAACAGAGCUGACUCUGCUGAGGCUCUUGACUUCUUUGCCAGAGGCUUGAUCAAGUGUCCUAUUAAGAUUGUUGGUUUGUCCGAGUUGCCAUCGAUCUACGAGUUGAUGGAACAGGGAAAGAUCUUGGGCAGAUACGUUGUGGACACCUCCAAGUAA